AUGGCUGAGGCGCAGCCGGACCCCUCUGGGCUGCAGCUCAGCGCACUGCCAGACCACUCUCCGCUGCUGCAGCCCAGCCUGGCGGAGCUGCGGCGCCGGGCGGCGGAGGCUGGCAAUCAACUGGUGCCGCUGCCGCUCUCAGACUCCUUUCUGCUACGGUUCCUGCGCGCCCGGGACUUCGAUCUCGACCUGGCCUGGAGGCUACUAAAAAACUAUUAUAAGUGGAGAACAGAAUGUCCAGAAAUAAGUGCAAAUCUACUACCUGGAAGUAUUCUUGGCCUUCUGAAGGCUGGCUACCACGGAGUCCUGAGAGCCAGAGAUUGCACUGGAAGCAAAGUUCUGAUAUACCGAAUCACGUAUUGGGACCCAAAAGUUUUUACAGCUUAUGAUGUUUUUCGUGUAAGUCUAAUCACAUCCGAGCUUAUUGUACAAGAGAUAGAAACACAACGAAAUGGUGUCAAGGUUGUCUUUGAUCUGGAAGGCUGGCAGUUUUCGCAUGCUCUUCAAAUUACCCCAACUGUAGCCAAGAGAAUUGCUGCUGUUCUUACAGAUUCCUUUCCACUAAAAGUUCGUGGUAUCCAUUUGAUAAAUGAGCCAAUAAUUUUCCAUGCUGUCUUUUCCAUGAUUAAACCAUUCCUGACAGAAAAAAUUAAGGGACGGAUUCACAUGCAUGGGAGCAAUUACAAACAAAGUUUACUUGAGCAUUUCCCAGAUAUUCUUCCUCUGGAAUACGGCGGUGAAGAAUUCUCCAUGGAAGACAUUUGUCAGGAGUGGACAAAUUUUAUAAUGAAAUCUGAAAAUUAUCUCAGCAGCAUUUCACAGACCAUUCAAUGAAAAGCUACUUAAAUGAAUGGCUUCCUAAGAAAAAUACAGGAGUAAGAGUCUACUUGGUUACAUGAA